AUGGUUGUUGAAGAUGGUCUUUCUCUAUCCUUUUGGGUUGAAGCUAUCAACACAAACGUGUUACACUCAAAACUAUUCCAUCAUUGUAAAGCAUCAUGGGAAACUGCUUAUGACAUGCUUAAAGGGAGAAAACCCAACAUUUCUUACUUUCAUGUGUUUGGUUGUGUCUACUAUAUUCUGAAUCAGAGAGAUCAACAUUCAAAUUUCGAAGCUAAUGCUGAGGAAGGAUUGUUUUUGGAAUACUCUAGUGUGUCCAAGGUUUUUAGGGUGUUCAAUCUUUCAUGGAAAAUUAUUGAAGAAACUGCCCUUGUUAUGUUUGAUGAGGAUUCAUUCAUCCAUGAUCGGAUUGAUCAUCCUUCUUCCAUUCUCAGUGAGCUCACUUUCAGUCCAUUAGACCCUGUUCCUAAGUUAUUGCAAAAUGUCACUGACCCUGUUGUUCCUAAUAUUGAUCAAAUUAUCAAUUCUCAUUCUGACUCUAAAGAUCAGGAUGUCAUCUUUGAAGAAGCCGAGCCAUCCAAUUCUUCAAAUCAGGAAGACUCAAAUGUGAAUUAA